GGACAUAACAGUUAAGCUUGCAAUUAAAUCAGGAAGUACUCCAAAGUGCUUGAAAGCGAGACCUGUUCCCUAUGCUAUCAAACCCAAAGUUGAAGCUGAAUUAGAUAGAUUAGUGAAGAGUGGAGUGUUAGAGUCAGUGAGAACAUGUGAAUGGGCCACACCAAUCGUACCAGUCCUUAAAAAAGAUGGAUCUCUAAGAAUCUGCGGUGAUUUUAAAGUCACAGUGAACCCAGUGCUGGCUGCCGAACAGUACCCAUUACCCCUCAUUGAUGAUAUUUUUGCUGGUCUGGCUGGGGGACAAAAAUUCAGUAAGGUGGACUUAUGUCACGCUUAUUUACAGAUGCAUGUGGAUCAAGAAUCCCAAGGACUACUGACCAUUGUAACACAUAAAGGUCUGUACAGGUACCAGAGACUUCCGUUCGGAAUCACAUCUUCCCCUGCAUUGUUCCAAAGAGCAAUGGACCAAAUCUUGAGUGGGUUACCUGGGGUUCAGUGCUAUUUGGAUGAUUUGUUGAUCACUGGACCUGAUGAGCAGUCACACUUGAGAAACCUGGACGCAACACUGCAAAGACUGGAAGACUAUGGUCUUAGAGUAAAAAAAGAAAAGUGUGAAUUCUUCAGAUCCUCUGUCGAGUAUUUAGGCCAUGUUAUUGACAGUAAGGGACUGCAUAAGGCACCGUCAAAAGUAAAGGCCAUUGUGGAGGCGCCAUCACCGCAAAACGUGAGCCAGCUGAGAUCUUUCCUUGGCCUGCUGACUUACUAUGCAAAAUUUGUCCCCAACCUCGCCACAAAACUGAAUCCGCUGCACGAGCUGUUACACAAAACAAAGACUUGGGAGUGGACAGACAAAUGCGAGAAGGCUUUCAAAGACGUGAAGUGGGCUCUGUCUACAUCCAGCGCCCUCACUCAUUUUGACCCUAAAUUACCAAUUCAGUUGGCUUGUGAUGCCUCUCCAUACGGGGUGGGCGCAGUUGUGUCGCACAUUCUUCCAUCCGGGGAAGAGAGACCUAUAGCUUUUGCUUCGCGGACUUUAAGCCAGGCGGAAAGCCGGUAUGCACAAAUUGAGCGAGAAGCUCUCUCUCUAAUCUUCGGCGUCAAGAAAUUCCAUCAAUACCUUUUUGGCCGAAAAUUUACGUUAUUGACAGACCAUCGACCACUUACCUCUAUCUUUGGCCCCCAGACUGGCAUUCCAUCAUUAGCAGCCAGCCGCAUGCAGCGAUGGGCUCUGUUAUUGUCUGCUCACCAGUACGACAUUAAGUAUAGGAAAGCGAGUCAGCACGGUAAUGCAGAUGGGCUCUCUAGACUUCCUUUGCCCGUUGCCCACGUUGAGUCAACUCCAACUGACAUUUUUUACUUCAGAGAAGUGAUGGCUGCCCCUGUGACUUCUGGUCAUGUGAAAACGCACACUCGGACCGACCCAGUCCUCUCACAGGUUGUGGACAUAGUCACUAUGGGGAAGAAGGGAGUGUUGACACCAACUUUGCAGCCAUAUCUGGCACGGAGGAACGAGCUCUCAGUCCAAUCUGGAUGCCUAUUGUGGGGCUAUCGUGUCAUUAUUCCACCACCAUUAAGACCGAAAGUGCUGGACGAACUCCACUCAGGACACUGUGGUGUGGUGAGAAUGAAAGAAAUUGCGCGCAGCUAUUUCUGGUGGCCAGGCCUGGAUGCUGCCAUAGAGGAGAAGGCAAGGUCAUGUGCUGACUGUCAGAAAUGGAGAAAUCUUCCCCAGCUAGCCCCUGUGCAUCCUUGGGACUGGCCAGGAGACCCAUGGCACAGACUUCAUAUUGACUUUGCCGGGCCUGUGGAGAACCACAUGUUUUUAGUGGUAGUUGAUGCACACAGUAAAUGGCCAGAAGUGGUAGUGAUGAAGAAUACCUCGGCAGAAAGAACCAUUGAAGAACUUCGGUCUAUUUUCAGCCGUUUCGGAUUACCUCAGCAGCUUGUUAGCGAUAACGGCCCACAGCUAAUAUCUGAAGAGUUCAAGACAUUCAUGGAAGAGAAUGGCAUUCAGCACAUUAGAACGGCCCCGUAUCACCCAGCUACAAAUGGGCUUGCGGAAAGAUUCGUACAGACCCUGAAGCAAGCUCUCAAAUCAUCCCCGAAUACGCAAUCUCUUAACCGGCGCCUUAGUGCUUUCCUAUUGUCAUACCGAAAUACCCCUCAUGCCACCACCAAGGUAUCUCCUGCCUCAGCUCUUUUGAAUAGGCAGCUCCGCACCCGCCUGGAUCUCCUGAGGCCUAAACAGGCAAAUGAAAUUGUACACCAUAAACAAAGUGUUCAGGCAAAGAGCAGGUCUAAAGCGAGACUGCGGAGUUUCAGCGUUGGAGAUCAGGUUCUGGCCCGGAACUAUACCACCAAAGAGAAAUGGAGACGGGCAACUGUGGUGGCGAAAAGUGGUGCUGUGUCCUACACUGUUGAAACCAGCGAUCAUCGCAUCUGGAAGAGGCACAUAGAUCAACUGCUCUCCACGUCAGGUUCCAGUGAUGGCCAACUUCAGCCCACCUCCCGUGUUCCAGAGCUGGAUGAUCACGUGGAACCUCUUUCCCAAGCAGACGAACCUUCUGCUCUGAUUGCAGAGGGAGAUGCUGUUCCAGGUACACCUCCAUCAGUCCAGGUGUCUACUCAAGGCAUCACGUUACAUCCGUCGUGUCCCAUACCAGCCUUCUCCGGUGACACCGUGAGUGAUGUACCCCCUGAGCGCACUUAUCCCAAGAGAGUUAGACGCCCUCCAGAUAGACUCUCCUUGUAGUCUAGAGACUAACCCACUACGUUGGGGCAAAAUAAUCCCCAGGGUGUAGUCUGGGAAAUGAGGCAGUCUACCCUCUUUCCCUAGUUCAGGAAAAAGGUUCUGUAUGUCCCCCAAAUUGUUUAUGUGACAAAAGUUAAUAGCAUUUCUUAAUUGAAACAGUGAACUGUACUUUAAUAAGGAACUGAUUUGUAUUUGAUUUCUUUAUAAGUACUAUUAAUGUAAAGGGGGAGGGAAUUGUGGUAUAUUGGCUUUCUUAAGUUUGACCCUCUGGUGUUACCGUCACGCCCCCCUGUGGUAAUUCAUGCUUGUGUACAAUGCUGAUUCCUGGUUCGACAAUACAGUGACGCC